AUGGACAUCACGAUGAAGGAACCAUCGAAACCCGAUCCCCAAAUAAUUAUCAAGUCAACGGUAGUAAAGCAGGGUCAAAAACCAGAAGACAAGGUACAAAUACAAACUACUUUAACGCCUAACCCCAAAGAAGUUACAAAAGAACCAGAAAUAAGAGAGAGCCGGUAUAAUCCUGACGACAAAGGUGGAUCUUCUGUGAAACCUAUUGUUAAGGUAUUUAACAAAUCAACGGGAAUACAGGAACAAUAUCCAUCGAAGCAGGAAGACAGGGAUCUAAAGGCUCUGAAAACUGGUCCAAGCGUAUCUACUAAGCCGUCGGAAGAAAAACAAGUUCAACAGUCGCAGAAAAAUGGCAGUGACUUGACUGUUCAAAUAUCUGACUUGAAUGUACCAGUCGAAGCAAAAUCUAGACAAAAGCCGACGAAACAAGAGGAGCAAACGAGGAAAUAUGACCCGAAGGUGAUACCGAAAUCACCGGAAGUAAAGCAAGGUCCGUUUAAACAAAAAAUGGGCGACAAAGUCCAAUUUUCUCCGAAACCUGGCCCAAAGGUAUUAAGCAAACCACCGGAAGUAAAGGUGGAUCAGAAUCAACAGAAACCAGAGGAAAAGGUUCUAUCCUCUCCAAAACCUGGCCCAAAGACAGUAAGCCAACCAACGGAAGUAAAGGUGGAUCAGAAUCAACAGAAACCAGAGGAAAAGGUUCUAUCCUCUCCAAAACCUGGUCCAAAGACAGUAGGCCAACCAACGGAAGUAAAGCAAGGUCACUAUCAACAAAAAUCGGACUACAAAGUUCAAUCUUCUCCAAAACCUGGACCCAAGACAGUAAAGUAA